AUGUCCUCGGCUUGCGCCAGGUCCUUCCUCGUCAGUCUCGAUGCGGCGUGCCAUUGCACGUGCCUCAACAUGCUCAUCAUGCUCGGUACCCCAACGAGUAAACCCGCCGUGAUGCUUGCAUACCCACGUCCCGCCCCUUCAGUGCCUCCGCCCGUCGACGCUCGACAUGGCAUACCCUGCCCCCCCCAACCGCCCUCCUACCACCCCGCCUCCUCCUCGACGACGGACCUUGCGCUCUCCGAACAGCUUCGCGGACUCAUGCGCCUCCUCCCGCAUUCUGUCGUCGUCUGCACAGCGACGAAUCCCGCCGACAACAUACCGCGCGCCAUGACCAUGUCUUCCCUCACCUCAUUAACACUACACCCCACGCCCCUCGUCACCUUCAACGUCGCGACACCGAGUCGGACGCUGACCGCCGUCAAGGGCGCGCGGCGCUUCAAUAUACACGUCCUGCGCGGCGGCACCGACGGCGCGGCCGUCGCAGACUGGUUCACGCAAGGAAACGCCGAGGGCCAGCACGUGUUCUCCGGCCUCGGACGCGAAGGACCCCCCGUCACAGCCGACAUGCGAGGCGAGGCACCCAUACUCAGGGGCGAAGGCGUGCUCUAUAUUUUGCGGUGUCGGGUGCUCGACGAUGCGCCUGCGCAGGGGCUCGUGAGGGUGAGGGACCACGUCAUUGUCGUGGGGGAGGUUGUCGAGAUUAUCAAGGGGGAGGAGGACGGGGAGGAUGAGUUUGGGCUCGUGUACGCUGAUCGGCGGUACCGCUGUGUUGGCGAUGGGAUCGUCAAGGGGGGGAGUGAGUAG